UUUCAUCAACAAUGAAAGGCAGGACUCAGACGAGAGGAGAAAGUUUUCAGAUAGUGCUGCGAACAAAACUUAUUGAGGAGUUCCACUUAAGACGAGACAAGAGAUAGAAAGAGAGAGAGAGGGAGAGAGAGAGAGAAAGGGCAUUACAUAAUAAAUCGGUAACAUUCGGCCAGCACUGACUGACACUUAUUGCUGCUUAGGACACAACUUAUUGCUAGGAUCGAACCGAUUAUAUAUAGGAUAUAUAUUUGUUUAACUUGACAGAUUUUGUAUGUUUGCAUAAUUAUUUAUGCUGGAGUUUUAAAAUCGUUUUAACUGUGUGAAAUGUGUUUAUUUGAGUUAUAAACACUAUGAGACCGUGUCACUCUUCUGGCGCGGAUGCUGUUGAUAAAGUUGUCAGGAACGCGCUUCUCUCCGAUCUGAACGCUUUCACAUCCUUCGCCUCAGAUUGUGCUCUGAUGUUUCCUGAAACUGGAAAACAGCAGUGACUGUUGUGAAUCACAAAAAGAGAGAGCUCUGCAUUCAAGUCCUCGGUAAAAGCUAUGACCUCAGCCACGCCCCCUUCCUCCCGUAGCUCCUCCCCUCAGAAGGUCUGUCACACCCAGACACAGACAGAUGUUCUAAAGCCACUCCUAGGGGGAGGAGGCGGGGCUUCAACAGGAAACGGACCUGCGGCAUUGAGACGGCGUCGACGGGUGCUAUCCAAAGAUGGGCGGAGCAAUGUACGCAUCGAACACGUCAGCGGCAGAGGAACGCUUUACCUGCGUGACCUGUGGACGACCUUUCUGGACAUGCAGUGGCGCUACAAGCUUUUCCUGUUUUCCGCAACCUUCGCUGGUACCUGGUUUGUCUUUGGAGUGCUGUGGUACUUGGUGGCACUUGUGCAUGGAGAUUUGCUAGAGUUUGACCCUCCGUCCAACCACACGCCGUGUGUGAUGCAGGUCCAAACCCUAACUGGAGCAUUCCUUUUCUCCCUGGAAUCACAAACUACGAUCGGUUAUGGCUUUCGAUGCAUCACUGAGGAAUGCCCACUUGCUAUUAUCCUGCUUAUUGUCCAGCUUGUCAUCACCAUGGUGAUGGAGAUCUUCAUCACUGGAACCUUCCUUGCCAAGGUAGCACGGCCGAAGAAACGUGGUGAGACGGUUAAGUUCAGUCAGCAUGCUGUGGUUGCCAAUCACGAGGGCCGACCUUGUCUCAUGAUCCGUGUCGCUAACAUGCGUAAGAGCCUCCUUUUGGGCUGCCAGGUAACAGGUAAGCUUCUGCAGACGUCGCUGACUAAAGAAGGUGAGACGGUCCGUCUGGAUCAGAGAAAUGUAGCCUUCCAAGUGGACACAUCCAGUGACAGCCCCUUCCUCAUCCUGCCCCUCACUUUCUACCAUGUGAUAGAUGACAGCAGCCCACUGCGGGCCUGGGCUGCCAAAGGUGGCGGGUGGACGGAUCCGGAGUUGGCUGACUUUGAGCUGCUUGUGAUCAUGAGUGCAACUGUGGAGCCGACCUCGGCCACCUGCCAAGUCCGCACCUCCUACCUGCCCGACGAGAUCCUGUGGGGCUACGAGUUUCCUCCCGUCGUCUCCCUCUCCCCCUCCGGAAAGUAUGUAGCUGAUUUUGCCUUCUUUGACAAGGUUGCCAAGACCAAGACCCCACCCCUUUUUAAACAAGCCCCGCCUCCAAGCACCCAGUCGCCCCAACAACAAGGCAAUGGCAGUGGAGGCCAAGCGGUGGAUAUGGAGAAGAUGCGAUUGGAGGAGACCUACCGAGAGGAAAGGGGGCGGGACAAGGGGCGUGUCCGAGACCAGCUCAGCGUCCGCAUUAGUAACGUCUAGAGAGCGGAAAACCCAGAUGAAUGAGUGAACGGGGAUCAGAUGAAGAUAAGUUGCUUGAGUACUUGUUUGAUUCAGUGUUAGCCAACUUUUUUUUAUGAUGCCACUAGGCUUACCUGUUUUACUAGGUAGGGUGCCAGUAGAGUUGGCUAGCGCUGAAAUGCACUGGCGUACAAGCAUGAAAUAGAGAAGAUAAAGACAGAGCGGCUAUGUUCGGAAAAGCACACUAGCAUACUUCAUUUCCUGUUUCUGCAGUAUUUGUGAACCUGGACCACAAAACCAGUCUUAAGUCUCUGGGGGUGUUUUUGUAGCAAUAGACAAAAAUACACCAUAUGGGUCAAAAUUACUGAUUU